UUUCAACACUGGAUGGACGUUGUAAAUAAUCCAGCAUUGUCUAAAUUAGCUCAUACUACUGUUAUUCGGUAUGCAAUAACCAUGUUAUAGUAUCUCAAUUUCAAACUCCCGAAAAGGAGAUGCUGCUGACAAAAACUAUUCCCAAAGAUUUUAUAGCUCCUUCUAACAUUUGCAUGCCACCGGCUAGUGAUUCGGAGACACAUCCGCACACAGGUUUACCGCUGCAUGUGAGAAGCGAAUUGCUUCAUUCGAUUGGAGUAACCAGCAGGAACAAAAUGACCCCAAGGAAACAACUUCUAUUUCACAAGCUAGGCAGCAUGGGGAGUACAUUGAAACGAUAUGAGCAUAAUUUGAUGAGUUGCAGGAAAGACGCAUUCGGGGUAAAGAAUCUACGUCAAAAAGGUUUAAUGGAAUUCUUAAACAUUUCAAUAAUUUGUUGCUCUUUGCAUGACGAAUAUAUGUAAUAAUACGGCAGUUUCGGAAUGUAUUAUUUAUAUUAUGUCAAAAUAUAUUUUGCUUCUAUUAAAUCGAAAAU